AUGAAUUUUCCGGCCAUCGCUCAUGAAUCGAAUGUUGUCUCCAUCAAUGUUGGAGGUCGAGUCUUCCAGACGACGAAGCAAACCUUAACCCAAGCUGGAUCCGAUUCUCUUUUCUCCCGUCUCGCUACUGAGUCAACUCGUUUCGUCGAUCGAGAUCCCGGUUUGUUCUCCGUCCUACUCUACAUACUCCGUACGGGGAAUCUACCCGCGAGAUCACGCGAAUUCGAUGUUCGGGAUCUCAUCGAGGAAUCCAAACACUACGGAAUCGAGUCUUUCCUGAUCGAUUCCCUCUCGAAUCCGUCGCAGUUCGAGGCGUUCGAUCUCCGCAAAUCUCGCCUACUCCCGUUGAGCGGCCGAGACUCUCCGUCGACGAUCGCGCCGACGGCUAACGGCGGAGGCCUCCACGUGGCGCACGGGAGCAAAAUCACAUCCUUCGACUGGUCGUUGCGGCGGAAAUCGACGGUGCUGACGAGUUUCCCCGCCGUGGAUUCCCUCCUGGAAAUCUCUCCGGGAGUUUUAGCCGCCGGAGCCACCGAUUUCCCAGGUUUGCAAAUCAUCGAUCUCGGAAACGACGGAUUCGUUCGCACGACUCUGAAUUGGGAAAAUUUGACCAGCAGCUCCACUGUUCAAGCCAUAGGCGCUUCCUCUGAGUUCCUAUUCACCAGCUUUGAAUCCAGCAGAAGGAAUUCGAAUUCGAUAAUGGUGUAUGACCUCUCCACCUUGCUGCCUGUGUCAGAGAUCGAUCGUUGCGAGAUCUACGGUGGUUCUGCUGACAUUGAUUCGGCGAUCCCAUCGACUAAGCUGAGAUGGAUUGAGAGCUGUAACCUGUUGAUGGUCUCAGGCUCUCAUAGUAGUCCGUCAGGUGUGAAUGGCCACGUCAGGUUUUGGGAUGUUAGGUCAAGGAACAUGGUUUGGGAGAUGAAGGAGAAGCAAGAUUGUUUCUCCGAUGUUACAGUCUCGGAUAAUCUCUCGGCGGUGUUCAAGGUCGGUGUGAGUUCAGGGGAAGUUUUCUACACGGAUUUGAGGAGUUUAGGAGCGAAAGAUGAUGAAUGGGUUUGUCUUGGGGAAGAGGAGAAGAAGAGAAGCUAUGGGAAUGAGAGGAAAGGAGUUGGGUGUAAGAUAGAGAGCUAUGGGAAUCAUGUUUUCUGUAGUAAAGGAAGUGGGAUCGAGCUUUGGUCAGAAGUGAUCACGGGAUUGGUGGGGAAUGCGAGCAGGGAUGUAUCGGAAGAGAGGGUGUUUAGGAAGAAUAGGUUGGGUGGUGAGGGAGAGAAGAAGGUGACUGGAUUGGUGUUUGGAGGAAACAGAAUGUUUGUGAGCCGAAAGGAUCAACAGUGUAUCGAGGUUUGGCAAAGUCCUAGUCGUGGAGUGUCGAUCUAA